GACCAAUAAGUUGGUUCGUUGAGAAUUAAAAAUUUACCCAUUACCUAAUUGAGUUGAUCUGUAUAUCAUUCAUGGGUUGAAGUCGUAGGUUGAAGUGGAGUUUCUUGUAUAAACGACGUUGUCUGUUAUAUCGGGUUAUGAAUGUCAUUGAUGAUACAUUUUUAGAUAGCUAUUUAUAGUACAGUAUUCUGUUCAAACGGAAGAUAAAUUGUGCCAACAAUCCACAUGUUGAGUUCUGUUUUGUAAACAUUACCCGCGACUGUAUGACCACCACUAACUGACCACGUAGACCAUCUUUUGUCGAACAACAACAAGUAACAAUUAUGGUAAAAGCAAGGAAGCAAGUUGUCUUGAACCACUUCAAAGGUGUGCCAAAACGAGAAGACUUCAAACUCGUUGAAGAAGAACUCCCUCCGUUAAAAGACGGGGAAAUUCUAGUCAAGGCAGAGUGGAUCAGUGUGGACCCCUACCAAAGGGCUUACAACACCCAAAUCGGCGUCCCGUACGACCAAUUUGGCUUCCAAGUAGGAAAAGUAGAGGACAGUAAAAAUGACGAUUAUCCAAUUGGCACUAAAGUUGUUACUCACAAAGGGUGGAAAGACUAUUUUAUCACUACUCCAGCGGUAACCACAAACAUGACUGAUAUUAUAUACAAGCUGCCGGAUUUGCAAGGUUUAUCAGAGUCUUUGGGAGUCGGCGCCGUUGGAAUGCCAGGAGCUACGGCAUAUUUCGGCUUUUUAGAGAUCUGCAAGCCAAAAGCUGGAGAGACAGUCGUAGUCUCUGGUGCGGCAGGAGCAGUCGGGUCACUAGUUGGCCAGAUCGCUAAAAUCAAAGGUUGCAAAGUAAUAGGAUUCGCUGGUUCCGACGAUAAAGUGCAAUGGCUUGAAAAAGAAUUGGGUUUCGACAAAGCUAUCAACUAUAAAACCGCUGAUGUCCUCAAAGAACUUCAAGAGGCUGCUCCUAAAGGAGUGGACUGUUACUUUGACAAUGUCGGGGGAGAGCUGAGUAGCGUGAUUAUAAGUCAAAUUAAUUUGUUCGGAAGGGUCUCUGUAUGUGGGUCGAUUAGUUCAUAUAAUGAUGAUGUGAACAAAUUGCCUAAAGCGACUAUUAUUCAGCCUUCGUUGGUGUUCAAGCAGCUGAAGGUGGAAGGGUUCCUUGUGUCGCGUUGGACGGAGCGAUGGCCGGAAGCGUUCAAACAAUUGAUUGAAUGGAUCAAAGUCGGACAGCUGAAGGCUAGAGAACAUAUCACAGAGGGUUAUGACCAUGUGUUUGACGCUUUCAUUGGCAUGUUGGCGGGCGAAAAUCUAGGAAAGGCGGUGGUGAAAGUUUAAUCGUGCAAUGUAUACAAAAUGAAUGGUCAUUAUUGAUUAGUGUUUAAAGUCUACGAUGUUUUAAGAUAUAUCUCGCAAUAAUCGCAUUUACUAUUUUAUAAUGUAUCUUUUAUUUUUGUUUCUUAUUAAACAUGUCAAAUAUUA